CGUGUGUCCACUCCAGUGGGGGCGUGCGCGUUCAUGUCGAGUGCGCGCUCUCGCAGCACGCGCUGCAGCCAGCCAGGCAGGCAACCGGCAGUGGACAACGACUGGAGCGCCGCAGUGAGCGGAGCCUCUGGAGCACCCGGACCACUCUCUAUUGCGAGGCUUUUAAACCUGCAGGACCUGCUCGAAGAAGCCAGAAUGCGAAAGACCUUGAAGAUAGAGAAAAAUCAUUUGGAGGUGAAGGAGGAGGAGACAGAUAUCGCGGCCUUGUGUGUUUUGUUGAGGUGUUGCUGGAGGCGAGGGUGAGCAGACAAAAGAGGGACCGACAACCCAGAGGAGCUGUUCUGUCACCCAGGAAUAAACCAGGAGGUGGAGAAUGCUGCAAGAUGCUCUGCAAGCCAGUAGCAAUCGGCGGUGCAGUCUGAAGGCUGAAAGUAAAUAGUGGAAAACAAGAGGCGGCUUCUUUUGCGCUGCUUUGUCUUGGUGCGCCAAUCAGUGGGGCCUCCAUCUUCCUGCAUAAUGUGCCUCUUAUUAAGAGGUGGGAUUCUUCUUUUUAAAUCCCCACUGACAGUGGACUCUGUUGCCUCCAAUGCAAAGAAGCCUUAAACCAAUUAUCGGCAACUCUCAAGGCUACAGUUGAUAGUCUGGCCUCUCUGCUGUUUAACAAUGCAGGAAUCAUUUAAAAGUGAAUGUAUGAGAGACUGCAAGACUGCACCGAUCUCCUGCAGACAAACUGUCUGUUUUCCCCGUUUCCCCAUCCCACUCUUCCUGCUCCUCUUACUCACGACUCCUCCGGCUCGGACCAUACACAUGGAGGCCAUCGAGAGCCACAGCGAGUUCAGCUGUGAGCCCAUCCGACUGAGAAUGUGCCAGGAUCUGCCUUACAACACCACCUUCAUGCCCAACCUCCUGAGCCACUACGACCAGCAGACAGCCGCACUCGCCAUGGAGCCUUUCCAUCCUGUCGUAAACCUGGUGUGCAGCCCUGACCUGAGGAUGUUCCUGUGUGCGCUCUACGCCCCCGUGUGCGUCGUCUACGGACGGGUGUCCAUGCCGUGCCGUGCCCUCUGCCAGCGGGCCAAGGGGGACUGUCAGAGACUGAUGGAAAUAUUUGGACUUACCUGGCCAGAUGACAUGGAGUGCAGCAGGUUUCCAGACUGUGACGAUCCGUAUCCUCGCCGAGAGGACCUACACAAAGACUCUGAGCCCACCGACCAGUCGUCCAUGACCGUCCAGAGAGACUACGGCUUCUGGUGCCCCAGAGAGCUGAAGAUAGAACCAGAGCUGGGUUACUCACUCAUGGGCAGGAAAGACUGCUCAGCUCCCUGUCCUUCCAUGUACUUCAGCCGACAGGAAGUGACCGUCACACGAUACUUCAUUGGUGUCACCUCCAUUGUCUGUCUGUCCGCAACUUUGUUCACCUUCCUUACUUUUCUCAUUGACGUCACCAGGUUCAGAUACCCGGAGCGACCCAUCAUCUUCUAUGCGGUAUGUUAUGUCAUGGUGUCGCUGGUGUUCUUUCUGGGCUUCUUGUUGGAGGACACCGUAGCGUGCAACACUGUCAACCACGCACAGUUCAAAGCUUCAACUAUAACACAGGGCUCACACAACAAGGCGUGCACCUUGUUCUUCAUGAUCCUCUACUUCUUCACCAUGGCUGGCAGCAUAUGGUGGGUCAUCCUAACGAUCACAUGGUUCCUAGCUGCCGUGCCGAAAUGGGGCACCGAGGCCAUCGAAAAGAAAGCCCUCCUCUUUCACGCCGUGGCCUGGGGGCUCCCAGGGACUCUCACCAUCACCCUUUUGGCCCUGAACAAAAUCGAAGGGGAUGGGAUCAGUGGCGUGUGUUUCAUCGGGCUCUAUGACAUAGACGCCCUGCGGUGGUUUGUUCUGGCACCGCUCUGCCUUAACGUGGCCGUGGGCGUCUCUCUUCUCUUAGUGGGCAUCGUGGCUCUGAACCGUGUGCGCAUGGAGAUCCCCCUGGAGAAAGAGAACCAGACCAAACUGGUCAAGUUCAUGAUCCGAAUGGGCGUUUUCUCCGUGCUCUACCUCGUCCCCUUGCUUACCGUGAUUGGUUGCUACGUGUACGAGCACACCUACCGCAGCGUGUGGGAGACGACCUGGAUGGAGGAGAACUGCCGCCGCUAUCACAUCCCCUGCCCGUACAAGGUGGAGCAGCCCAGUCGACCGUCCGUGGCCUUGUUCCUCAUGAAAUACUUGAUGAUGAUGGUGGUGGGCAUCCCCUCUGCCUUCUGGGUGGCCAGCAAGAAGACCUGCUUUGAGUGGGCCAGCUUCCUGCAUGGCCGCAGCCGGAAAGACAGUGGAGUGAAUGAAUCUCGCCAGGUGCUCCAAGAGCAGCCCGACUUGGCCCAGUCGCUGCUGCGUGAACCCAACACCCCCAUCAUCAGGAAGUCUAGGGGAACGUCCACUCAGGGUACCUCCACUCACGCCUCCUCCACUCACCUGGCCGUCCUCGACGACCCGGACGAGCCCCUGAGAAGCCGCCCCGGCCAGCCCGCCUCCGCCAGGAGCAAAGCCGGCAGCGUCCACAGCAAAGCCAGUUACCACGGCAGCCUGCGCCGCGCUGGCGACGACAGGAGCGACACGGUGGUCUACAGAAGCGUCGAGGAGCGCAGUUUCCACGGUAGCGCGCCGCGUCUCGACCGUCCGCUGUCCACGCACGGUAGCCAGAGGGAAGUGACCGAGGCCCCGCCCACUCUCAUCACGCACGGAUCCACGGGGAGCGAGAGCCGCGGUGCCGGCAAUGACGGCACCAACGCCUAACUACUCACUGCCGGGUGGUGGUAAUAGUUUUGAGGGAAACGUUGAGCGUGUUACAUGCUCAGACUGGACUCCAUUUUGUGCAAGCACACACAUACGCAAACAUUCUUGCUGUUAACAAUCCUAAAUGGCUUGUCCGCUCAUUUUUUUUAAUGACAUUUCAUCAGUUUCGCUCCAGACUGUAAACUUCGUAAACUUCAUUUGUACGUGGACCUAAUGUGAAUCUGUGGACCUCCUGGUGUGUUAGUUUUAACUAUUUUUAUACUGUGAAGUGUGUGUGUGCGUGUGCGAGUGGAAGAUUUAAACUGUCGAGUUGUAUUAAACAAAAAAAUAUGAUGAACCAACACAAUUUAGCACUGACACAUCUGCUUAAUGCAUCUCAAUAAAUUAGGAUAUUGUGAAAACUUAAUUUAUUUUAGUUGUUCAAUUCAAAAAGUUUAACUUAAAAAGAUUCAAAGUAAAAUAUUUCAUCAAUUAGAAUUACAGUUUAUGAAAAAAACAUUUUAGUAUUGCAUAAACACUCAAAAAUGAUUUGUAAUAUAGAAAAACAAAUCGGUACGGAUUGGCCUUCUGAAAAGUAUUUACCUAUGUUGUUUAAUUGAGUUUCACUUUGGGAAUUGAGCUUAUUGAAUUUAUCGUUGAUAUUCUCAUUUACUGAGAUUCGCCUGUGUAUAUUCAAACAAUUUUACCUUGAUACAUAACAGAAAACACUGAUUACUUUCAUUACUACACUUGAUAAAAGUAUUUUAACCCGCUCAUCUGUAAAUGUUUCUUCUGCUCCUGUGACUCACUACAUGAUCUCUUUUUGUAAAUACGGUAUGAUUCUUCGUUCAUGUGAACCUACCUCGCCUGUGUGAUCGGCCUUCUGUGCUCCCCAUCAAAAGCAUCUUUUACCUUCACAUAACACGCACACAUAACUACAAACAUUCUCCAUCCUCAUCAACAAAUUUGCCUUCUGCCUCUCCUGCCUGUAACCAUACACUCGUUUUGUUUUGGACCUACAAGCGUCUGUGUUCUUACAGACCAUAUAAAAAAAAAAAAAACGUCUCACUGAACAAAUUAAUAAGCGCAACAUAAGUGACCUGGACAGAUAAUUAAUUUUAAAAAAAGACUUCUCAGCCCGAAUUGAUUGCAUUUGUCUUAGGAUGUGAGGUGCAGCAACAUUCUUUUCUAGAUGUCAUAUUGUGAUAGAAUUGAUGUGUGCAACUGUGGUGGCAUUAAAUGGAAAUGUCACAGUGUAUCAAAAACAUUGUAAAUGAAAAGCCUCAAUUGUUUGUUUUAAUUUAUUUAUUUGCAGUGUGUAACUGCUUUAACUACUUUUACAUGCAGUCUAAUAAACUUUUUUAUGGACUUUAA